CGGGUGGGUGCCGGUGCCGCAGCCCCUCGCCAUGAGCAGCUUGGCCGCUCUCCGGGAGGGCUACGAACGCUUCGAGCCUCUCGCUUACCUGCGGAACAACUACCUGCCCCCCCGCGCCGACUUCUCCUCCGAGGAGUUCGUGGUGCCCUGGAAGCUGCGAUGCUUGGCCGAGACCUUCGCCAGCGGUGAGAUCCAUGGCCACACGCUGAUCGACGUGGGCUCGGGCCCCACCAUCUACCAACUGCUGAGCGCCUGUGACCACUUCGAGGAGAUCGUGGCCACCGACUACCUGGCGGUGAACCGGGAGGAGCUGGGGCGCUGGGCACGGGGGGAGCCCGGCACCUUCGACUGGAGCCCCUUCAUCCAGCACGUCUGCAAGAUCGAGGGACGUGGGGAGCCGUGGCAGGAGAAGGAGCACCGGCUGCGUUCCCGGCUGCGGCGGAUCCUUCCCAUCGACGUGCACCAACCGGACCCCUUGGGGACCCCCCUGAGCCCCCCGGCAGACGCCCUCCUCUCCGCCUUCUGCCUGGAAGCCGUCAGCCCCGACCACGCCGCCUUCUCCCGGGCGCUGACACACGUGGGUUCCCUGCUGCGCCCGGGGGGUCACGCGUUGCUGCUGGGGGCUCUGGGGGAAUCUUUCUACCUGGCGGGGGCUGCCCGGCUGCCGGUGGUCCCGUUGGACGAGGCCGAUGUCCGGGGGGCUUUGGUGGGUGCUGGUUUUGCCCUCCGGGAUUUCCGUGCCUAUGCCAUGCCCCCCGCCCUCCGCACCGGUGUGGACGACGUCGAUGGCGUCUUCUUCGCCCACGCGCAGAAACCACUGGAAGCCUGA